UUUCCAGGUUUGGACAAGUAAGAACGCAUUGAGAGGCGGAACUCAGAUGAAUAUGGUUUCGGUGUUGUCAAACCCCGCCUGGCCAUUACAGGAGCAACCGAUUUCACAACUCGGAGUCUCGAGCAAUUCACGAUGCAGUCCGGCAUCUCAGUUUCGCAGGAGCUCGUCUCGCAGUUCAACGACCUCCUCGCGUCGGACACGCACUUUGCACUGCUCGCGACCAUCUCGUCCGAACAGCUGCGCCCGCUGCAGCUGCUGACACCAUCGUCACGGAGCUCGUUCGCAUCGAAUGUCGAGUCCCUGCUGCAGCCGCACAUCAAGCCCAAUGAGGCGCUCUACAUCAUCCUCCGCCGCUACUCGUCCGGCCCGGCCCUGGUGGCCGUGACGUACGUACCCGAUACUGCGCCAGUGCGCCAGAAGAUGCUGUUUGCCUCAACACGCCUGACGCUUGUACGCGAGCUGGGGAGCGAGCACUUCCGCGAUACCUGGUUCGCGACCACUCCCGACGAGCUCACCCCGGCCGGCUUCGAGAAGCACGAUGCGCACAGUGCACUAGAGGCCCCGCUCACCGAGGAGGAGAGGAGCUUGGGUGAUGUGCGGCGCGCCGAGCAGGAGGCCGGCAUAGGCACGGCCACGCGCGAGAUCCACUUGAGCAAAAACAUGGCCACGGCCAUUGCUGAUGAAGCGCUCGACGCGCUAAAGGCACUGGGUGCAGGAGAGAGGUCGCUAGUCAUGCUGAAAAUCAACCCACAAUCCGAGUCCGUCGAGCUGGUUCCUGACGCGUCGGCCCCCGGCUCGAUCCCUGAUCUGGUGCGGGCCAUCUCCCCCACCGAGCCCCGCUUCACCUUUUACAGGUUCACCCACACGCACAACGGCAUCGAGACCAGCCCUCUUCUGUUCUUUUACACGUGCCCCACCAGCUUCAGCACCAAGGCCAUUAAGUUCCGCAUGAUGUACCCCCUGAUGAAGCGCUCGGUCCUGGCUGUCGCCGAAAAGGAGGCGGGCUUGCAACCUGAGAAGAAGUUCGAGGUUGAGGAUGCCAGCGAGAUCACCGAGCAGGGCGUCAUUGAUGAGUUGCAUCCCAGAGUCGAGGUGAAGACGGGCUUCAGCCGCCCAAAGCGACCGGGCCGAUGACCAAAUGCAGGGAUGCAUCUGACGUCGGUUACGCGUGUUGCAGCUGCAGCGGCAAGUACAGCAUACAUACGUCUUGAGAUAUCAACAAUGACUUUUGAAGUGCGAGGUUCCUGUUUACUGGGACGCGAUGAUGCGGCAUGGUGCCCUAUUUAAGGGUCGUCCAGCGCCCUAUGUUCUCCU